GCGGGAAUCAUACAAAAAACGCCAAAAUAUUUACCCUUCUUAAUUUAAGUGUAAUAAACAAUAAAAUGAGUGAAUAUCCGGACGAGGAUGAGGAGUUUGAGUUGAUGUACGGCGAUGAGUUGGAGUUAUUGAACGAACAAGAAAAUUUUAAUGAUCCCGUUAGUAAAUCCAGAAAGAGUUUGGAUUUUAAUACGCCUUCAACAUCUAAAGUUGUGGAGAAAGAUGAUAAUAAUCCUCAAACAAGCAAAAAUAGGGUUAAUGAUGAUGUGGGUUUCGAUGACGAUUUUGAAUAUAUUUCUGAGGCUUCUAAUGGGGUUAUUCAGUCUCAAACUAACGAUAACGGUAAAAGAUCCAUACAGGACCUGUUUGGGGAUAUUGAUGAUUUAUUAAACGAGGAUAAAAUCAAUAAAAAACACAAAGGUGAUAAACUAUUGGAAGAACUGUCUUUAAUAGAGCAUAUAUUGGAAUUACGUAAAUUAUCCAAGGAAAAAAGCAAUGCACUCGCUACCAGGAAUUAUACCACAUACAAUAAUGAUAGGGAUAAAUAUAAUAUUUCUUAUAAUGUCCCCAAAUAUCCUUUCAUCGCUAUAACAAGGCACGACAGUGAACGGGUGUAUAUCAGAUGCCAUUCGGAAGCCUUUGAGAAGGAGGAAAGUGAUAGAAUUAUAAAGGAGAGCAAUGGUGUUAGUAUUUUGGGGGAGAACUCGAAGAAAAUAUGGGAGGGGGCUCUAAAAAUUCUUAGUAAUGAAGAUAAUUUAGAAGAAGUAACCAUAGAUGUACCAGAAAAUAACGCAGAACAGCUAUGGGUUGAUAUGUACAAGCCCAGAAAGUACUUGGAGCUUUUAAGUGAUGAAAGUACGAAUAGAAUUAUGUUGAAAUGGAUUAAACUAUGGGAUAAGGUGGUUUUUAAUAGGAAACCGAAAAUAAAACCGGUAAAAGUGGAGGAAGACCCGAAGAAAAAGAAAUUCUUUCAAAGAGAACAACUUAUUUCGACACUGGAUGAACAUGGUCGACCUCAUCAUAAAAUAGCCCUUCUAUGUGGCCCCCCAGGGUUAGGUAAAACCACAUUGGCUCACAUGGUGGCUAAACAUGCUGGAUAUAACGUCUACGAAUUGAAUGCUUCGGAUGAUAGAACAGUAGAUGCCUUUAAAACGGCUCUGGAAAACGCAACUCAGAUGCGCUCUGUAAUAGACAAAGAAAAUAGACCGAAUUGUAUAAUCCUGGAUGAGAUAGAUGGCGCACCGAGUGCGUCCAUAGAAUAUUUGAUAAAAUACGUGAAUGGUACAGCUCCAGUUAAGGCGAAAAAAGGCGAAAAAGCUAAAAAACCGAAUAUCUGCAAAAGACCCGUAAUUUGUAUAUGUAACGAUGCCUUUACUCCUGCUUUAAGGCCGCUGAAACAAGUGGCCUUUGUUGUCAACUUUCCAAGGGUUUCUAGUUCCAGAUUGGCGGAACGUCUAAUGGAAAUCGCGAAACGACAGCAGGUGAAAACGUAUCAGGGCGCCAUGCUGGCGUUGGCGGAGAAAUCGAAAAACGACAUUCGCUCGUGCCUAUCGAUCCUGCACUUUUUCAAGGCCCUAAACAAACCUGUCACUUUGACGGACGUUUAUAAAUCGAGCGUCGGUCAGAAGGACAUGCAGAAAGGCUUGUUUAGCGUGUGGGAGGAUAUUUUUCGCAUUGAAAGACCCAAAAUGUUACCGGGGCAAGAUAUUGCGCUAAGAAACGUGACGUUGCGUGACAGAAUGAACAAGGUUCUGCAGACCGUGUCGUCUUUCGGUGACUACGAACGAGUGGGGCAAGGUGUUUUUGAAAAUUUUCCAUCGAUGAAGUUCAAGGAUAACAACAUGGAAAAUGUAUGCGCAGCUCUGGAUUGGUUUGGAUUUACUGAUUUAGUUUCAAAACAGAUCUACCAACUGCAAAAUUACUCAUUGGGCCCCUACUUGCAGUACGCCUUUGUGCAGUGGCAUUUUGUUUUUGGCAGUCCCAACCAUCAGAAGAUUAAUUUUCCUACUCAGGGUUAUGAGGCAAAGUUGAAGACAGAAAGACAAAGAGCUGUAGUGAAGGAAGUCAUGAAAGGGAUGACAACAAGUGUGAGGGCGUACUGUCAAAAAAUAUCUUUAACUUUGGAUAUAUUUCCGUUACUGUUAAGAAUCAUAGUGCCAACUUUUAGACCUGUGAGUCUCCAUUUAUACACGGCGGAAGAAAAAAACGAACUUCUCAAGUUGGUUAGCAUCAUGAUCGAUUAUAACCUGAACUACGUUCAAGAGAGAACGACUGAAGGAACUUACGUGUACAAGUUGGAGCCGAAUAUAGGCGAUAUAGUAAUUUUUGAUAGGUCCAGCAAAAAUGACGUCAGGGAGCUUUCCUAUCCCAACAAGCAGUUGGUGGCGCGGGAGAUUGAGAUGGAAAAAAUGCGUAGGAUUGAUUUGCCGAACAAAAAUAUCGUUACAAAUAAGGAGAUGAAAACUCCACAGAGAAAUGGUGUUCCUGAAUCUAGUUUGCCAAAUCAUUUGCAGACUUUAAAGGCCAGACAGGUGAAGGGCAAAACAUCACCGGGGGUUGUUAAGGACUUUUUUGGAAGGAUAAUUAAGCAAGCUAGCACUUUAAAUGAAUCAACAUCCAAAAAACCCACCAAUGAUAUUUGGUACCAAUACAAAGAAGGCUACAACAACGCGGUCCGUAAAAACAUAAAAAUAUUGAGCUUAAAAUAACCAACAUAAUUUGUAAGUUUUAAACAAAUAAAUAUUUAUUAUUUUACUA